AAACUCUAAGCGAAAACAGCUUUAUUCAACAUUUUCAUUUUCAAAUGAUCAGAAAUUUCUGUGCCUUUCAAUGUCAAGUUUUAGGGUCCACUCACAGAAAGUUUUUCAGAGCAACUUGUACAACUUUCAGAAUGCAUACCAUGACUGAGAGACGAAAUAUUACAAAACAAUGCAAGUCAUGCUUGGAAAUGAAUAAAGAACAAAGCACCGCGAGUACGGAGGAACUUUUGAAUCCAGCGAAACUGGCUUCUCUGCAGCGUCAAUACAAAGAGCUGUUGGAGCAGUUUGAGCAAACUUUGGAUAAACAUAACAGGAAAGAAAUGCAGUUAAGGCUUGAGAAACUAGAGAGAAAUAUUGAGCUAGAGAAACGUUCUGUUAUGACAAGUGGGUUGAGAAGUUUAUUCGUAGUUCAAGCAAUUGUCUCUCUUUCUGUUGGAGGACUUUUAGCAGCCAAUAAGUUUCCUUUUGUUCAAGAAGUACCUCUUGUGUUCCGUGCGUUGGGAUUUUGGAUGGUCUGGUUAUUCACUAUUCCUUCUUUGCGAGCCCGAAAACCGAAUAUGGCAGAAAAGAACGCUUUAAAUGUAGCCUUCUUAGCUUGUCCUGUUGCUAACGUUGUGAUUCCGUUCGUCAACAAAGAUACCUUCCUUCUUUGGUUUGUUAACGUUUCUGUAGUUCUUAGCCUUUAUGGUUAUUAUUUCUUUUUGAGCGACGAAGCUGUUCGCGCACAAAGUCAACUGAAAAUUCGUGGCAUUUUGAGGUAUCUUGAUUGGGGUAGUUGGCGUUGAACUCAGAAACUUUGGCAAAAUGGUAUAAAAAGUAUUUUUGGGAA